UUGCACGAUCUAGCUGGAAAAAAAAUAAAUCCGGGGUUUCCCGCGAAGUUGCAAUGCAAAAAUUGCAAGGAGCGGGUUUUCCUGUUCCUAAACCUGACAUGAUGUCCCGGGUUGACCGUGGGAAAGAUCUGUGGAUCCCAGAUCUUCCAGCAGACAAGGAAAAAGAUUUCCCUUUGGACAGCGCAUCGGAGUUUCCCGAUGUGAUCAUAAAAGUGGAAGAAGAAGAGGAAGAAUCAUGGUUGCCUCUGAAGGGAGAAAGUGAGAAGUUGUUGUUGAACUCGCCUCCCCAGGGAAAGGAGACUUCACUAGGUGCUGCCUCAGGCUCUUGA